AUGGCGCAUAGAAUACUGAGAGAUUAUGAAGCCGAUGGAUGGGAACGCACCGAUUUCCCAAUCGUCUGCGAGUCUUGUCUCGGUGACAAUCCGUAUGUGCGAAUGACUAAAGCGGAUUAUGAUAAGGAAUGCAAGAUAUGUACACGACCCUUCACGGUGUUCAGGUGGAGACCUGGCCGGGACGCUAGAUACAAGAAGACCGAAAUUUGCCAGACUUGCUGCAAGUUGAAAAAUGUGUGCCAAGUCUGUCUUCUGGAUCUUGAGUAUGGUCUUCCGGUUCAGGUCAGAGACACUGCGCUCAACAUUAGUACUCAUGACUCUAUCCCAAAGAGCGAUGUCAACAGAGAGUACUUUGCUGAAGAGCAUGACCGGAAGACGAGAGCUGGACUGGAUUAUGAAUCAUCGUUUGGGAAGAUGCGACCUAAUGAUACAAUUUUGAAGCUGCAAAGAACAACGCCGUACUAUAAAAGGAACAGAGCACAUGUUUGUAGUUUCUUCAUCAGGGGUGAGUGUACAAGAGGUGAUGAAUGUCCAUACCGGCAUGAGAUGCCUGAAACUGGAGAGCUGUCCCAGCAAAACAUUAAAGACCGUUACUAUGGUGUUAAUGAUCCAGUUGCAAUGAAGUUGCUUGGAAAAGCUGGUGAGAUGGGCACUCUGGAAUCACCAGAUGACGAAAGCAUCAAGACGCUUUACGUCGGUGGACUUAACUCUAGAGUCCUGGAGCAGGACUUACGAGACCAGUUCUACGCUUAUGGUGAAAUCGAGUCUAUCAGAAUCUUGGCGGAGAAAGCGUGUGCGUUUGUCACAUACACAAGCCGAGAAGGAGCAGAGAAGGCCGCACAAGAGCUCGCCAACAGGCUAGUCGUCAACGGUCAGAGGCUGAAACUCAUGUGGGGAAGACCUCAGGCUCCCAGACCUGAUCAAGACGGUUCGAACCAACAGGGUAGUGUGGCUCGUAGUGGUUUGCUACCUCGAGCCGUUAUAUCUCAGCAGCAGAAUCAACCCCCACCAAUGCAGCAGUACUAUAUGCACCCACCACCACCUAGCCAAGACAGACCUUAUUACCCAUCAAUGGACCCACAGAGAAUGGGUGCAGUGGUUUCAACCCAAGAGGCUGGUGGUUCAAGUGAAAACAGUGGAGCUUCUUCUUCGUCUUACAUGAUGCCUCCACACCAGCCAUACCCGCCACCACCAUAUGGAUACAUGCCAUCGCCUUACCAGCAGCAGUAUCCUCAUCCUGGUCCUAUGCACCACUAUGCCCCGCCUCCAGCAGCUCACCCCUACCCGCAGCAACCUGGUCCAUCAGCUGACUCUGCACCUGCUGGAUCUGGAGCACCUCCAGGGUCCUCUCAACAACCUCCUGCUGUUCCUACUGCGACUGGUUCGUCUGAGUAG